GCGGGGCCGCCGGGGGCGGGGCGGGCGCUCGGCGCGGCCCCGGCGAGCGGCUCGGGAGCUGCGGCGGCGGCGGCUGCGCAGGGCGCUCGGUACGGCCUCGGUGGAGGCGGACGGGUACCUGCUGCCGCCCGAGCCCGCAGCGGGCAGGGGCGCCGCUCUUUGUCCGGGGCUGAGCGGGCCAGCCCGGCCCCGGCGGCGCCCGGACCACCGCAGCCCAGCGACCGGCGGCUCUCGGGGCGUCGCCUGGCUCCGGCGGCCUGGGCACCGCGGGGAGCGUGAAUGAGAGUUUGCUCCGAUUUACGAGCAGGGGACUCCAACCGUCAUGUUAAGGUAAAGCAGAAAAGUGCAGUGCUGAACAUGCUAAAGAAGUUGGACAAAAUAAGGUUCAGAGGUCACAAGAGAGAUGAGUUCCUUGAUUUAGCAGAGUCUCCAAAUGCUUCAGACACUGAAUGUGGAGAUGAAAUCCCAGUGAAAAUACCUCGAACGUCAACUCGAGACAAUGAAGAGCUGAGAGACCCUGCUGGUCCAGGGACCAUCAUCAUGGCUUCAGGAGUGCAGGAUUUUAACAGAACGGAAUCUGACAGACUGAAUGAGAUCAAAGGUCACCUGGAAAUAGCCUUACUGGAAAAGCACUUUUUACAGGAGGAGCUCAGGAAGCUGAGAGAAGAAACAAAUGCUGAAACGUUAAGGCAGGAGCUAGAAAAGGAACGGCAGAGGAGAUUAGAACUAGAACAAAGAGUCAAUGAAGUACUUAAAGCAAGGACAGAAGAGGCGCCUGCAGCUCAGCAACCUGCCAAGCCACAGACACAAGCCAAUGGAACAGAUAAGCGUAGUCACACAGUCAGUUCGAGGCUCCAGAAGUGGUUUUGUGACAAAUUUGGGGAGUAUGUUGAGGACUUCAGAUUUCAACCAGAAGAGAAUACAGUGGAAACAGAAGAGCCACUCAGUGCUAGAAGGUUGACUGAAAAUAUGAGAAGAUUAAAGAGAGGUGCCAAACCUGUUACUAAUUUUGUGAAGAAUCUUUCUGCCUUAUCAGACUGGUAUUCUAUCUACACUUCUGCUAUUGCCUUUAUUAUUUACAUGAAUGCUGUAUGGCAUGGCUGGGCCAUUCCUAUGUUCUUAUUUUUAGCAAUUUUGAGGUUGUCCCUAAAUUACCUCAUAGCCAGGGGUUGGAGAAUACAGUGGAGCAUUGUGCCUGAAGUUUCUGAACCCAUGGAACCCCCAAAAGAAGACCUGACCGUGUCUGAGAAAUUUCAGCUUGUUCUAGACGUGGCUCAGAAGGCGCAGAACCUUUUUGGCAAGAUGGCAGACAUACUGGAAAAAAUUAAAAACUUGUUCAUGUGGGUCCAGCCAGAAAUAACACAGAAGCUCUACAUUACUCUAUGGGCAGCAUUUAUUGCAUCCUGCUUUUUGCCCUACAGGAUUAUUGGGCUUGCAAUGGGACUCUAUGCUGGAAUCAAGUUUUUCCUUAUUGAUUUUAUCUUCAAACGAUGCCCCAGACUAAGAGCUAAGUAUGAUACUCCUUAUAUCAUCUGGACAAGUCUCCCAACAGAUCCUCAGCUCAAAGAAAGAUCUAAUGCUACAGUGUCGAGACGGGCAUCAUUGUAUUACAGUUACCCUAAAAGCUGGAUGCUUCAGACAGCAGCAUCCAGAAGUUACGUGGGCUCGAGUGCCCCGACGGGCAUAAGCAAAGAUGAAGACACAAGUCGUUUUCAUACCACCAAGAGGGGGAAUUUCCAUGAAGUUUUUAACCUGUCAGAAAAUGAGCGUCCUUUGGCAGUGUGUGAAAAUGGCUGGCGCUGUUGCUUGAUUAACAGAGAUAGGAAGAUGCCUACGGACUACAUCAGGAAUGGAGUUCUUUAUGUCACAGAAAAUUACUUGUGCUUUGAAAGCUCCAAAUCUGGCUCAUCUAAAAGAAAUAAAGUUAUAAAGCUCACGGAUAUAACAGAUAUUCAGAAGUAUAAAGUGCUCUCUGUUCUCCCGGGAUCAGGGAUGGGUAUUGCUGUGUCAACACCAUCUACACAAAAACCUUUGGUGUUUGGUGCCAUGGUACACAGAGAUGAAGCUUUCGAGACGAUUUUCAACCAAUAUGUGAAAAUAACCUCUGCAUCAUCAAGCAGUGAGAGCUAGUAUCUUAUCUUAGAAGACCUAAAGGAAAAUUUCUUAUUUUACGACUUGGUAGUGAAAAAAAAUGAACAUCCUCAUCUAUUUUGCAAUAAUUUUUCUUGUCUGGUGGUUUAUAUUCUAUCUGUUACAUAAAUCAAGUGUAUUUUAUAUAUGCCUUCAUGUUUGUUUUUAAGGUUUUUGUAAAAAAAGACAAAACAAAAAACAAAAUGAAACAAAAGAGUGAAAGUGCUAUCAUCACUAUUAGCCUUGCACAUUAAGCACUUUUAAUGUUUAUUUACUGACAUUAAAAGCUGAGAAGAUACUUGGAGAACUUGACUGAGUAAACAAAGUGAAACAGAUUGGUCCCUUUAAGUGCACUGAUAUCACUAGGGGUACGUUUGUCCCUUUAUCUUAGUUAUUUUUCCCUGAGAUGUGAGAAUGAUGACUGCAGCAGCAUGAAGUCUCUUUCUUCAGCUCAGAGUUUUAAUUGGGUUCUUCAUUAAAACUGAUAGCAACACUGCAACAACACCAAGGAAGUAUUAUCAUCUUAGUCUUUCCAUAUUUAUAACUGCACUUCAAAUAACUCCUCCUUGCUAAUUCUUGCAUUGCAGAAGGAUAUUUUACUGGCUUGGUUAGGUUUGAUUUUUCCUGCGUAGACACUUAAAUUGCUUGUACAGUGAACUGGAGGAGAAAGUUUGUAACUAUAUCUUCCUUUCUUAAUUAACCAAAGUAAGAGGAAGGAAGGCAGGCAGAUACUUUUUAUAAAAGAGGGCACCAAAAUGUUGUUCCUAAAAUGUUAGGCGUCGUAUAUUUGUAUUUCUGUAGAUACUUGUCAUAGAAGGGCUCAACUAUGGUACAUGUUGUAUGUACAAGGUGUUUGUAUGUUGAUGCAUAAAAGACUUGCAGAUUUUUUGUGUUGGGGGAGGUGGGAAUAAUUAACCUAAACUGAGACAUGACUCGUUUUUUAAUUUGGCUUUUCUCUUGAGUUACCUUGUAAUUAAAUAACACUGUAAUACAGCAGGUGAAAGCACUAGUUCCUUUUCGAAGUGUAAUUUGGGGGGCGUUGGUAUGUUGCUGCCUUUCCUGUUGCAAAAUUAAAAUUUAGUAACAAUUAAACCCAACUGCCAGGUAAAACAGGAAGGCUGUGCUCCUUCUCUAAACUCUCUCAGGCCUUUCUAGCCUCAAAGCACAUAUUGACCUUUGUCUUUAAUAUUAGAGAGCUUUUAUAUUCUAUAUAAUAGCACCCAUCUGAGAGGUUUAGAAUUUUAUUUGCAUUUUCAUGAAAGCACAGUAGGAGUUAUGCCAAGCCUUCCAGUAUGUCUUUUCCUUUGCUGUGUCUUUUGAGUUGACCAGUAUGGAUAUCUCCAGAUACUAUAUAAAUGUCCCCAGAAAAAGCAAUGGAGAUGCAAAUUCUUAUUUUAAAAUGGAACUUAAAUUCAUGGAUUAUUUAAAAAACAAACCAAAACAAGAAUUUUCUUUCUUUAUAGGAAAAGGGGUAAAAUGAAGGAGGGUGAGAGGACACAAGCACUAAAGUGUAUUUUACUCUUAACACGGGUUUUAAUUAAGUCUCUCAACAAAUGCAGCAGUGAUGGAGAAGGUGGCAGUCAAACUGUACAAACCUUAUUUCAGUCUGGCCAUGAAGAGGUAUGGUAUGAAGAAUGUAAUAUGAACUUGAUAUGAAGAAAUGUUGUUGAAUACUGUGAAUUUGGUUGGGUAUUAUAAAGUGAAACCCUGACAGGGUAAAACUCUGUGCCCUGGGUGGAGUUGUGAACAAGAAUGGGGGAGAAUCCACCGUAAUGGCUAAAAUGCUUUUGUUUUUUUGGAGUUCUCUCUUUAGAGUAGCGCUUGAACGUGUCUCUACAUGACCCGAAAAAGGGGUGCACUUCUAACACCUCCUUAGGUACAGUGUAAAUCAGGGCCUGACAACUGAAAAUAUAAGUGAAGCUUGUGGGAAACCCAGUUUACCACCACCUAGUAUGGGUGUAGCUGACAGUUUGUGGUUUCUUUUCUUUACACUCGUAGGUUUUAUGUUUAAGUAAAAAUCCUUCAUCUUAAAUUUUUCUCAUCAAACCUACUUUAAAUUCUAUUAAUCUCCUUUUGUAAUUGCUGUGUAUUAUCAUUUAGCUUUCCUUUUUAGAAGCUUCCUUUAAUAGAAAGUGGCUAACAAAUAGGCAUUAAAAUCGCUUAAUGUUAUAUAAAUCUUAAUCAGAUUCAUUUUGUCUUAAGAAAAAAAUCUUUUGGGUGUGUUUAAGGUUAUCCCUUUUUUUUUUUUUUUUAAGAAACAAAAAACUAUAUUUUUUACAGAGAGCAUGUUCUUUUUCUUAUUUUUGUAUCAUUUUUCAAGUGUAAUUUAUACCUUCACUCUGAUCAUAACAGCAGAUUUAGCAGGAAACCAGUUGAUUUGCACUUAUAUCUCCCCUGUCCCACCCUCCACUGUUUGAGCCCAGUCUACAAGGUUGUCCAAGGUUCUGCUUCCUGGAGGAGCUACAGGUCCUGUGCUGAUGGUGCUGGGACAAUUAACCGUACCUGGGCUUCUGAGAGGGAGGAAAGAAAUUGUUAUUCUUUAACUAGACUGAAAUGCCUCAUGUGUACAACGUGCACUUAAUUUUCUUUUUCCUGGACAAAGAAAUUAGAAACUUCUUAUAAAAUCUAACGUGCUGACAUUUGAAAUGAAUCCACAGCGUGAAGGUAAAAAUGAGCAAUUCUUAAAACGGUAAUCCUAGUGCAAACUGCAAUGCAACGUUGUUUCAUUCUAAUAUAUAGAAAACAGAUUGGAUUUUCUUUUUUUUUUUUUUAAUAGAGUUGUAAUAUAACUGACAAACAACUGUGUACAUAUGUUGCAAAGUUCACUUUACAUUUGGUUGUCCAGGUUCCUGCAGCGUAACUGCUCUGGCACACGUAGCGUUGCAGACACCGGGUUCUCCUGGUUUUCCUCCCACUGCUCCGUCGUGGCUUUGGAGGGCAGGAGGGGACGGACAGUGAGUAAAUAUCUACCUGAUAAAUUCCAAUGUUCCUACGUAGUUUUGCAGUGUGGCCUGGUGUGCUUCAGUAACAGGCUGGGUCGUACCACUUAAUGUAAAGUGCUACUUUCUAAUAGCAGAAAGUGGUGUUCUUGUCAUUCCGUCUGUCUGUUUGCUGUUUAUAUUUGCAAUUCUGAUGUCUGUGGUUCAUUGCUGGAUCAUUCACGUGUAAUUGGAUUUAACUUCUUUAGAAGUGCAUUGGUCAGUUUGAGUCCCUUUUAAAGAGAGAAAAAAAAAAGGGGGAGAUGAAAACUGACUGCUUUAAUUCGUUAUCAGUGACCAUUUAAACUCAAAAGGCAAAAAGAGCUGAAAUAUGAAAUCAUGCCUUUCUGUGCACUGUAGCUUUUGUGAGGCAAGAUUGAAUGCACAAGCUGUUUAUUGGUAGCGACAUCACACAGGAUGCCAGCAGCAAACCCUGCCCUUGUUCCUGCAGAGAGAAAAGAGAUUUUACCCAAUCGUGAAGAGAUGAAAAGAUGUACUUUUUUUGGCUACUUAAACUUGUAUUAAACACACUGGUAGUUUUUAUUGAAUUCUGUACAUUUUGGCAGAUGUUUGAUUUCUACUAAUCAUUGAAAUAUAAUGGAUGUUAAAAUUUUUAUGUCUGAAGGUUGAGUCUAUAUUUUGAAGUUGUAAAUAAUUCAUUAUCAGUGUAACUUUUGUUUGACAUGACAAAAGACUUAUACUGUAUAAAGAAUUGAAAUAAUGAAAUGAUUUGCCCUGUACAUUUUUUAAGAAAAUCUUGUUUAUUUAAAAAGUCUUGUAUAAAUUAUAAUUUUUAUUUAAAUAAACCUAAAAAUGCUUUGUGCUAA